AUGAGGUCGAGGAAGUCGCGGAGUCCGCCGCGCUCAAAGCUCGGAAAGUCGAGUAGCCUUCCCAACAUCAAGAAGGCUUAUGUCGCACCUUUGCAGCUGUGCUCGGUGGACCUUCAUGCCAAAACUUUCUCGAUCAAAGACAUCAAGAAAGGUGCGGUCGCGAGCCGCGGGAGCCAACGGCUACCUUUCAUGGCCUUUGAGAGAGGUGUAGAAUGGGAGCGGCCCGGAGCCAAAGCAACCGCUCCUCCAGCAAAGUUGCCGUCUCUUAGCCGAAUCAUGCAUUCCAUCCAGAGCAUGAACUUCUCGGAUCAGAGUUUGUCGGUGAUGACCAGCGGAAGUCUCCGCUCAAAUCCCGCCUUUGGCGGCUCUGGGCACUGCCGGGGGGGCCCCAAACUCCCACUGAAACACAGCAAGAAGAGGCUCCAAAGCCUGCUGCAGAAGGCACCCAGGAAAACCUCUCCGACUCGGCCCUCCUCGAAGUCUAAGAAUCGGAAGAGGGCCGCCUGGGGAGGCGGUUUGGAGACCCACGAGUUCCGGGUGGACACCGUUGAUCUCGAAGAGCCCUUGGCCGUGGUUGAGGCUCAGGCCGCUCAGGCUCCUGAGCCCAAAAAGGAGGAGAAGCUCGAGAAGAGGGAGGAAGAGUCGGACAGCUCCAGCGAUUCCUCAUCCUUGACAUCGGACUCCUCGAGCGACUCGUCGAGCGACCUGGCAGACUCAAGUGACGAUGAGGAAGCUCUGCGGAUGUCUAUGAAUAAGCGGAGUUCGGGACUCACCCGUCGAAUGUCAGCGUUUGCAAUGAUGCUGCCACUACUCGACUCCAACAACCAGCCCGUUCGCCGAUUCUCCGUUGCGGAGGCCUUCCUGAAGAAGGUUGAAGACACUGGGGACGACGGUGACAAUGAUGCUGAACUGGACUUCCCGUGGAGCGACGAAGAAUGCCGCAGCGUCUUCAUCAAGUUCGACACAGACACCGACGGUGAGGUGGCGACUGAAGAGCUGCAAAUGAUGCUCAGGUACAUGGGCUGCAUCCUUCGGCCAGGCGAGAUCGAAAGACUCGUCAAGGAUAUGUUCAGCUACGCCACCGUCAGUUGGGAGGAGUGGAUGACUUUUUUGGAGAGAUAUCGCGAGGUGGAUGAACAGUACCUCCGGGAAGAGUUCGCAGCCGCAGAUGCAGACGGGAACGGCGUCCUAGACGUUCAGGAGCUGCGCGCGCUUCUGAACAAGAUGGGCUAUGUGACAGAAGCACACACUGUGCAAGAGGCCAUGGACACAAUCGGCUGCGGGGUCUCCGGCUGUGUGAACCUGCGAAAAUUCGAGAAGCUGCGAGAACAUCUGCGAUGCACCGAAGGCUUGGCCAAAGACGACGUCCAGGAACUUCGAACUCUGUACGACCGCAUGGCAAGAACUGCAAAGGCGGAGAGCAGGUCACGAAAGGUGGACAUUGGAGCUGGAAGUCAGAGUGACAUUGCCAAGAAGCUGAUUGCUGAAACGCAGGAGAUGCCUGUAGAAGAUGUUUCCCGAAUGGUCAAGUACUUGGGGUACAGUAUCAGCGCAGACAAGCUCGAAGCCAUCGCAAAGGAGGUGGAUAACGACGAGAGUGGAUACAUCAGCUUCCAGGAGCUGCUCAAGCUCAUCCGCAGGGUCCGCGAUGCCGAGCGAGAGGCCAUCGCCUCCGUCUUCGAUCUCUUGACCGAGGAUGGCUCCCCCUUGCUGAUGCAAGAUCUUCCUCGUGCACUCGUGGAGUUAAAGUAUUUCGCAACAGACGAUCUCAUCUUCUCCAUCCUGGACGACCUGUAUCCGCUCGAGAAUCAAACACACAUGAGCCGGGAUCAGAUAGCUUCUUUCCUCCGUGAGUUCCGUGACAGAGAAGGUUUGACGCACCUUGAGGCAGCUGACAUUCGCGCGGCAUUUGAUCAUCAGUGCAAGGUGACAUCACAGCGAAAGUUCGUUCAACAGUUGGAGGAUCCCGCCGUGACCAGCCCAAAGACACCUGCGCCUGCGAAGCCAGAAUCUGCGACAAAGCUCAGACCGGCGGCGGCGAAAGCUUCUGCACUGAGUCCAGUCCCUUCUCCAAAGGCAAGCGGCUCUCCGCGACCGGGCAGUCCUUUCAACUUCGAAAGUGCGCCCAUCGUCCGAGCAUUGGACUCACUGCAAGCGAGCCGCGUUAUGCGAUGGUUCAACUUUGCCAAGCCCAUGCAGGAGGUGCAACAGCUUCUUGAACAGUUCGAUCUUGAUGGCAUUGGCAAGCUGGAAUUCGAGGGGUUCUUGAAGUUAAUGCGCGGCUUCUUCUUGGAAGAGCGAGAGAAGCAAUGGAAUGUCUUCGCGAUGCUAGACAGCAGAGGCAAUGGACAUGUGCCUGUGUCAAAGCUUCCGUUCGCCCUCUCGAAGCUCUAUGACGACACCAGCGUUGGCAUGACCAAGAGGGGAGAACAAGCCGCGCGAAUGGCUGAUUUCUCGCUCUUAGACACGAAGAAUGCCGUGUCGCGGUCGGCGUUCGAGCUGUUCUGCAGGAAUUUCAGAAAGCUGCUGAUCCAGGACGUUCGGCACAACGCCUGCUACACUCCAAGCGAGGUGGUGGCUCUUCGCGACUGCUUCGACCGAUUCGACAAGGACAAGAGCGGUACUGUCGAAAACACGGAGCUCGCCAAGAUCAUUGCGGAAUACUUUCCUGAGGCCACGAAGUCGAAGGAAGGCCGAGCAGAGGUGCAGAUCAUCCUCAAGGACGUGGAUCAAGAUGGACUUGGCCGACUUUCAUUCAGCACUCUGCUGGUUCUCAUGCGAAGAUGUGACGACAUUCGCGAUGAAAGAGAUAUGCAUGCGGAAAUGCAAGUGGUAGAUGAGCUGGGCUUGGAUUUCGAAGAGGUGGAGGGUUUCCGGCAGAUCUUCGACUUGCAUUCCAAUUGGGUUCGGGAGCUGACCUUCGACUCCCUUCUUACCAUCAUCAGCCGCAUCGCCGACAUGAGUGAGGACGAUGUUAGUCUCCUGAGCGCCAUGGUCCGGGAGGUGCACCCCGAGCACCGGCUGCUGCUGAGAUUUCCCCACUUUCUGCAAGUGAUGCGCCGCCUCACGGAUGAGAACACUGGCAACAUCAACCACGCUUGCUCGCGGGUUCUCCGGAAACAGCAGCAGCGUGCGUCCAUGCUGGCUGGGCCAUGA